AUGGCUCUCCACUUCCUCUUCUCUUUUCUUGUUCUCUUCCGCCUCUUGCCUCUUUAUCAUCCCCCCCCUCUUCCUCUUCUGCUAUCCAUCCAUACUCUCCUGCCUCAUUACAGAUGCUACCCUCUCCACAAUUUCUCUAUCCUUUUUGUUCUAGGAAAUCCUUUUGCCUCCAGCUAUCUUCCUCCUCUUCUUCCUCUUCUCUUCCGCCAUCCUACAAAUUCCUCUUGGAUGAUCCUGGCUCCCUCUUUUUCCUCUCCUUCUCUUGUCUUCCCUGCCUCUUUUCUUAUUCUAGGUAACUUUUGCCUCCUUUCCGCAUCUCCUUGUUCCUCUUCUGCUCUCCUGCAUCCUCUUCCGCCUCUUCUGCUAUCCUUAUCCUCUCCACUCUCCUCUCCUUUCUUGUUCUCCUGCUACCCUUUCCCUCUUCUGCUCAUCCCCUUCCGCCUCUUCUGCUAUCCAUCCAUACUCUCCUGCUACCCUGGUAACUUUUUCCUUUAUCUUCUGCACCCCUCUUCCUCUUCUGCUAUCCAUCUCUUCAAACUCAUUACUACCCUCUUCCGGCUCUUCUUUCUAUCCUCUUCCGCUUGUUCUAGCUAUCCUCUUCCAGCUCUUCUGCUAUCCUCUUCCGACUCCCCUGAAAUAACUUCAGACUUCCUGCUCACCCUAUUCCGGCUUCUGCUAUCCUCUUCCAUUUCCUCCUCUUUUCUUGUUCUCCUGCUACCUCUUCCUCUUUUCUUCUGCUGUCCUCUUUCCUCUCCUCUCCUUUCCCUUCUACUCUCCAUCCAUCAAAAAACCUCUUCCGCCUCUUCUGCUAUCCUCUUCCGCCUCUCUUUUCCUCUUCUAGGUAACUCUUUGCCUCUUUCCUCUUCCCUUGUUCCUCUUCUGCUAUCCUCUUCCGCCUCUCCUGAAAUCCUCUUCCGACUCUCCAGCUAUCCUCUUCCGCCUCUUCUGCUAUCCUCUUCCGCCUCUCCUGAAAUCCUCUUCAGACUCUCCAGCUAUCCUCUUCCGCCUCUUCUGCUAUCCUCUUCCGACUCUCCCUAUCCUCUUCCGCCUCUCCUGAAAUCCUCUUCCGACUCUCCUACUACCCUCUUCCGCCUCUUCUGCUAUCCUCUUCCGCCUCUCCUGAAAUCCUCUUCCGACUCUCCUGCUACCCUCUUCCGCCUCUUCUGCUAUCCUUUUCCGACUCUCCUGAAAUCCUCUUCCGACUCUCCAGCUAUCCUCUUCCGCCUCUUCUGCUAUCCUCUUCCGCCUCUCCUGAAAUCCUCUUCCGACUCUCCUGCUACUCUCUUCCGCCUCUUCUGCUAUCCUCUUCCGACUCUCCUGAAAUUCUUCCGAUUCUCCUGCUCUCCUAUUCCGUCACACUUUCUAUCCUCUUCCGCUUCUCCUGAAAUCCUUUUCCGCCUCACCUGCUAUCCUGUUCCGUCACUUCUGCUAUGCUCUUCUGCCUCUCUAGCUAUCCUCUUCCGUCACUCCUGCUAUCCUCUUCCGCCUCUUCUGCUCUCCUUUUCCACCUCUCCUAAAAUCCUUUUCAGCCUCACCUGCUAUCCUAUUCCGCUUCUCCUGAAAUCCCUUUCCGCCUUUCCUGAAAUCCUAUUCCGCUUCUCCUGA